AUGCCAGCUUAUACAAAGUUCUUGAAGGAGAUCCUUAUAAAGAAGAGAAAGAUAGAGGAGACCUCAAUGGCCAAGCCCACAGAGCAUUGCAGCGCGAUCUUACAAAAUAAACUCCCACAAAAGUGUAGAGAUCCAGGGAGUUUCACUAUACCUUGCUCUUUAGGCACUUUACAUAUUGAUAAGUCUUUAUGUGAUUCUGGUGCCUCAAUUAAUCUAAUGUCAUUGUCUAUUAAUAGAAAACUGGAGAAGGAGAUCGGAGAGAUAAGGUCAGUGCCAAUAUCUUUGAAGCUAGUAGACCAAAUGACUAUAACACCCAAGGGGAUAGUAGAAGAUGUUUUGGUGCAGGUGGAUAAGUUUGUAUUUCCUUUAGAUUUCAUAGUGGUGAAUUUGGAGGAGAAACAAGGAGGUCCCCCUCCUCCUAGGAAGACCAUUUUUAGCAACGGGUAG